AUGGAGAACAAAGCAGCCGAGGCGUACGCAGCUCCGCCUAGCUAUGAAGAGGCACAGGAACAGAAUCGUGCCAAUGAGGUUCGCGCAAAUCCCGUGAUCGGUCCAGCUGGAUACCCUGUACAACCACCGGCUCCCUAUGUCUUCCAGGGCACCACCACUGUACCUCCACCAUUGGGCGGUGCCCCAGCAGCUCCGAUCCUUCUCCAAGCACGGACCUCUGUCUAUGGAGCGAUGCCGGUCGAAAUCGAUUGUCCACAUUGUCAGGCUCACAUCAUCACGCACAUUGAACGCGUUGCCGGUAUCUUGCCUUGGAUCAUUUUCUCCGUUUGCAUCAUUCUCGGCUUUUUCCUCUUUGGAAUCCCCUGGUGUUUCUGCUGUAUCCCGUUUUGUUUGGAGCCGUGUCUCGACGUGGUUCACUUGUGCCCAUGCUUUUUGGCGGAUGAUACAGAAAAUGGUGGAUACGAUGAUCAAUUGGAAAUGAACGAGGAGAAAUCGUUGAUGCAAGAGCUGGGGAUUACGCCCGAUCGAAGAUGGCCUCGUAUUUUCUGUAUGAUCAACACAAUGCCCUCUCAUGUCGAUAAAAUCAAAACGGUUAAUGCCACAUGGGCUCGUCACUGUGAUGGCCAUAUUUUCACAACGACAAUGACAAAUGACACAGAGAAUAUCCACGAUUAUUGGACUUUCAACUUCACAAAUGCCCGUUACAAUAUCAAUAACCAUUACUGGUUGUGGGAUCGUUUACGUGCUGGGAUGAAGAAACUUUACGAGGAGAAAGGGAAAUCCUACGAUUGGUUUUUGAAAGCCGACGACGACACAUUCGUUGUGAUCGAGAAUUUGAAAGAAUAUUUGAAGGGUCGUUCGCCGCAUGAGCCACUCUAUUUGGCGACAAUGCUCAAAUAUAUGGAUCAUUCGUUGACGAAGAGACCACGCGAUUUCAUCUAUCCGAGUGGUGGAUCGGGUUAUAUUUUGUCGAGAGAGGGACUGAAAAGGUUCGUAGAAGUGAUCGAGGAAUCGAAUGGGGAGAAGUGUCGGAACACUUCCUAUCUCCAUGAGGACACGGAAGUCGGUUGGUGUCUUCGGAGUGCGGGCGUUACGGCGAUCCCGUCCGUUGACCGGCAGGGAGCUCAUAUGAUGUUGCCAAUCGACGUCAUGGAUAUCAUCCAUCCAACAAACAGGAUCAGUGGAAUGGAUCGGGGAUGGGCGCGGCAAUCGGUGGCGGCCAAGCUACAGCCGGGAAAAGCUUGUUGCUCAACAAAUCUGAUCACGACGCAUUAUGUCAGUGAUAUAAUGAUGGCCACCUAUUACUAUCUCGUUUAUGGAGUACGAGUCGCUGGACGAGAUGUCGAUGUUUUGGGA